AUGAUAACUCGUGAGAAGCAUUUUCUUGAUCGUCACCGAUUGAUGAAAGAUAAAGAUCUUGAAAUGGCAAAAAAUACAUUUAAUUUGAAUAAAGACGACGAUGUAACAGUUAUACGCUUCGACAUUAAAGUGGAUGAAACAAUUCAACAACGACUUGAUAGCAUACACAAACAUAUUGUUUGUAUCGUUGGACAAUAUGAUAAAAUUAUUCCGUAUUAUGAAUCUUUAUUAGAGCAAAUAUCUUUAUCAGAUCAAUAUGAUGAAUAUCAAAAAAUUAAAAUAGGAAUUCUUUAUGUACUCAAUGGCAACAAUGGAAGUGCCUUACAAUAUUUUAGACAAGCGGUGAUAAAAUGUCUCAGUUUUUCUAUUGAUAAAACAGUCGUUAUCCACAAAACGAUUGGUGAAGUGUAUCGUAGCAAACGUUUUUACUUCGGAUCAUCAAAACAUUUUAAUCAACCAUUUGAAAUAAUUGAAGAAUUUUAUCCUUAUGAUUAUGGAAAAGCAGAGUCACAUAGAAGAAUUGCAGAAGUUUAUUUCGACAUGAAAAGUUUCGAUUUAUAA